GUCAUCCAGGAUAUCCGCGACAGGAUCAGCUCCUGGCAGGAGCAUGCCACCGUGGUGACCGGUCGCUAUGGCAGCGGCAAGUCCGUUGCAGUGCACGAGGCCUUGCGGGAUGUUCGCGGAAUGCCGCUGGUGUCGAACUUCGCCAAGGAGCUGUCCACGGACAAGAUGAGCAGCGCAGUGCACGUCAUCGUCUGUGCGUCCUCCGCAGGCACAGCAAUGACCUUCGAUGCUGGAGGUGCUCAGCGACAGGUCAACAUCUGGGUCGAGGAUCUGGCCGAGCAGGAGGCUCAGCAGUUGCUGGAGCUGAAGGGGCACGCGGAGGACUGGAAGCAGUUCACGGCCGCAUGCGGGUUCAAUGCAUUGGACCUGGUGAAAGCCUGCGGCGACUACACAGGGCCCGACUUCCUGGAGGAGGCGAGGCGGAAGAAGGAGGCCACGGCCCGCAUGGAAGUGCUGUGCUUUCGGGAGCAGUGUAAGUUCCAGACUGUGGACAGCAUCGCCCCCGCCGGCGCCAACAUUCUCAAAGCCCUGUCGGCCAACCGCAAAGGCGGCGACGGCCAGGGCGUGGCUGCGCUGAGUGCCGGGACGGCCGUGGGGCCGAAGAAGGUCGCACAGUGGAUGAGGCAGGAGGGCCGCCGCCCAGUCAUUUGGCAUACGAGAGAGGAGAAGUACAAGUUUGCGUCGGAGCGCCACGCACAAGCCGCGGCCGCAAUUUUGAACCGACGCUGGUGGCCCCUUUGA